GCUCUCAUCAAGCUAGCACAGUUCUCUACACUGUAGAUUUUGAUUGUAAUUACCAGGUAUUUGAGUAACUUUGAGACAACUUAAAAGACAAGCAAAGAGGGAAAUAAAGUGCAGGAGAAAAUACACGGCAGAAUCUUCAUCACCACAACCAAAAGAGAGACGACAGAGACUGAAUAAACCAGAGAUGUCUGGGCAUGACUCCAACAGUCUCCUGUCUGAAGACCAGUUCCUGUGUUCUAUCUGUCUAGAUGUAUUAACUGAUCCAGUCUCCACUCCAUGUGGACACAACUUCUGUAAAACCUGCCUUACACAGUACUGGAACAACACUGAACACUGUCGCUGUCCAUUCUGUAAAGAGAAAUUCACCAAGAGACCUGAACUGAAGAUCAAUACAACACUGAGAGAGGUUGUGGACCACUUCAAGAAGAAAAGUGGUCUGAAUAAACCUGGGAUUCUUUGUGACGUCUGCACUGGCGUGAAGCAGAAGGCCUUGAAAUCGUGUCUUAAUUGUGGAGCAACUUUUUGCAAGUCUCAUUUAGAGCCACAUACAGUUGGGAACCUCAAGAAACACAAAGUAAUUGACCCAGUGGCGAACUUGCAGGACUACAUAUGUCAGAAGCACGAGAGACCCCUAGAGCUGUUCUGUAAAAAUGACCAGAUGCGUGUGUGUCAGUUUUGCACUCAGACAGACCACAAGACUCACAGGACUGUUUCAAUAGAGAAGGAAAUUGGAGAGAAAAAGACACAGCUGGUGAAGACACAGUCAGAGGUGCAGAAGAUGAUCCAAGACCGGCUGAAGAAGAUCAAAGACAUCAAACAUUCAGCAGAGCUCAGAAAAAGAAACACAGAGAAAGAGAUUGCAGACAGUGUUGAAGUCUUCACUGCUCUGAUGCGCUCCAUUGAGAACAGCCUGGCUGAGCUGAUUGAGGUGAUGGAGGAGAAGCAGAAAGCAGCAGAGAGGCAGGCUGAAGACCUCAUUAAAGAGCUGGAGCAGGAAAUCACAGAGCUAAAGAGGAGAGACAUUGAGUUGAAGCAGCUCUCCCACACUGAGGACCACCUCCACCUCCUACAGAUUUCCCCAUCACUGUGCAGACCUCCACACACCAAGAACUGGACUGACAUCAGUAUUGACCCUGAUCUGAGUGUAGAGCCUGUGAGAAACGCUCUGUUAAAACUUCAGAAGAGUCUGGAUGAGAAGCUGACAGAACUGAAGAGGAUUCAGCAGUAUGCAGUGGAUGUGACUCUUGAUGCUGACACAGCUCAUCCUGAACUCAUCCUGUCUGAUGAUAGGAAACAAGUGAGACAUGGAGACACAGAACAGAAUCUUCCAAAAACCUCAAAAAGAUUUAUACAGUUUGGUUUUGUUCUGGGAAAGGAGGGAUUCUCCUCAGGGAGAUUUUACUAUGAGGUGCAGGUCAGAGAGAACACUGAUUGGAAUUUAGGACUGGUCAAAGAGUCCAUUAACAGGAAGGAGGAGAUUACACUGACCCCACAGAAUGGAUUCUGGACUGUGUGGUUGAGGAAUGGGAAUGAGUAUACAGUUCUUGCUGGCCCCUCAGUCUUACUGUCCCUGAGAGAGAAGCCCCAGAAGGUGGGGGUGUUUGUGGAUUAUGAGGAGGGUCUGGUCUCCUUUUAUGAUGUGGAGGCCAGAUCUCGUAUCUACUCUUUCACUGGUCAGUCUUUCACUGAGAAACUCUAUCCAUACUUCAGCCCUUGUAAUAAUGACAAAGGCAAAAAUUCAGAUCCUCUGAUCAUAACACCUGUAUUUAAAGCUGCAUGAAUUUUCAGAUCAAACAAUUCAAUAUUCUGUGAAAUGUUAAGAAAUGAAAGACAUUUAGUUUGGUCUACUCUUGACUGUUGAAGUGAGUGGUGUCACCAUGGCAAGAUCCAAAGAGCUCUCUGAGGUCAUCAGAAAGAAGGUUGUGGAAACAUGAGUCUGGGAAGGGAUUUAAAAAGAUCUCAGAACAAUUAGAAAUCAGGCAUUCUACUGUCUGGAAAAUAAUUUACACAUGGAGAACAGUUAAAACAACUGCCAACAUGGCCAGAUCCGGCUGUCCUAGCAAGUUCAGCCAAAGAGCAGACCACAAGAUGUGUAAAGAAGUCUCCAACAAUCCUAAAAUGUCAUCAUGGGACCUAUACCUAUAUUGCCACUGUUGAUGUCAAAGUACAUGCAUCUACCAUCAGACAGAGACUGCACAAGUUUUUAUGGGAGGUGUGCAAGGAGGUCAAAAAGAAACAUCAGGGCAAGACUAAAAUUUGCCAGAGGACACCUAGACAAAGGCCAUGACUUCUGGAACAAUGUGCUUUGGACAGAUGAAUCCAAAGUUGAAUUAUUUGGGCACAGUAACAGAAGACAUGUUUGGCACAAACCAAACACAGCAUUUGAGCACAAGAACCUCAUGAACCAACUGUGACAUAUGGAGGUGGAAAUGUCAGGUCUACGGCCUGGCAAGCUCUCCAUCAUAGAAUCCACUAUGAAUUUGUUAUUGUAUCAGAAGGUGCUUGAGCAAAAUGUGAGGCCAUCUGUUCAAAACCUGACAAUGAAGUGGAUGUUGACCAUGCAACAUGACAGUGACCCAACACUUUCCAGAAAAUCCACCAAGGAAUGGCUCAAAAAAAGAAAUGGAGAGUUCUGGAACGGCCAAGUCAAUGUCUGGAUCUUAAUCCUAUUGAAAUGAUGCUAUCCAAUCCUAUUGGAUGAUUUGAAACAGGCUGUGCAUGCAAUAAACUCCCACAGAUGAAAGAACUGGGGUGAAAUACCAGCUAUUAGGGCAUACGGUGUCCUAACUUUCUUCUCAGUAGAAAUUGGCAUUUUU